UCGAAGGCAAUGCAUUGUAGCUGCUGCAGUGUCCGCCGGAAAAAGAUCUGGGUCUUCAGCCUGGGAGGCCUGAUCCUGCUUGUGGGCAUAUUUUUGGCCUCAGCCUGGCCAGCUGUGUCUCGGCGAUGGAUUCGCAGCUUUUUGGUCUUGGCCCCUAACUCCUUCAUGUACAAACGCUGGGUGACUACGCCAAUGCCGGUAUACAGCACGGUUUACCUCUUCAACUGGACUAAUCCGGAGCAUCUGAACACCGAGGGCGUUAAGCCCAACUUUGAGCAGCUGGGACCGUACACAUUCAGUGACUUCAAGGUGAAGGAAGAUUUGCAGUGGCAUCAGCCGGAGGUGACUUAUUUCGGAAAACGCACCUGGCACUUUCUCCCCGAAAAAUCUAACGGCUCCCUGGAGGACGUAGUCGUCGCGCCACAUUUUCCAUCUUUGACAGCUGCAUUCUAUUCGCGCCGAUUACGCCGAAUCCUGCGCAAGGUCGUGAACUUUGCCCUCAAUCGCGAGGGCGGCGCCACCCACAUAGCCCACACGGCUGGUCAGUGGCUCUUCGACGGCUACUACGACCAUCUGCUGGACUUUGUGGAGCAGCUGCAUUCGCCCUUGCUGCCGGUUCAGAGCAACACAUUUGGCUGGUUUUACGAGAGAAAUAACUCCAAGACGGCCGAGGGGAACUUUACAGUCCACACUGGCCGUGGGGAUCUCAGUCGGAUGGGAGAUCUUCUCCUGUGGAAUGGACGGAACACAACCGGCUAUUAUCCCGGUGAGUGCGGCAAGGUGAAUGGCAGUACGGGGGAGCUCUGGUCGUCGGAGAGGCAGUGGAAUCAGCCCACCUCAAUUUUCCUACCCGAUGCAGCGCGUUACCUGAACCUCUUUCCCAAGGAAAACCUGACUGUCGAUGGCAUAGACGUGUGGCGCUAUGAGUCCACCAAUCUCACCCUCGACAAUGGCCAGUUGUCGCCGGACACCAAGUGCUUUUGCCUCAAGAGUCGCGAGUGUCCCCGCAACGGAGUCCUGGAUUAUGGCCCACCAGCCUUCAACGGGCCGUUCUACAUGUCUCACCCGCACUUCUACCUCACGGACGAAAUGUACAGGGAGAAUACCACGGGCCUGCGACCACGGGAAUCCGAGCACGGAAUGUUUGUGAUAAUGGAACCCACUCUUGGCAUUCCACUGAGCCUGAGGGGCCAGCUCAUGAUUAGCACGAGAGUGGUGCGCGAUGAGGCGAUUGACUUAUUCAAGGAUGUGGCCUAUGAUCACUAUGCUCCUCUCUUCACCAUGGAAAUUCAUGCGGAACUAGAUGAAGGCCUCACAAGCCUAUUAAAGCUUGCCUUAAAUGCUGCGAUUAUUGGAAUGUACACAGGAAUCGGCUUACUUGUGCUGGGAUUAUCAGUUAUCAUAACUGGCUUACUUCUCAUACAUCGAACAAAGGCCCAAGUCAAGUGCACUUGAAUCUGAUAAGACUGCUAGCGCUAACAAAGCACUAAUUUGGCAAAUCACUGGGGAAAUUUCGGGCAUUGUUUAAGGCCACAAUCAGUCAGGGCUCUUUAAGGCCAGGCCAUAAAAAACGUAAAUUACGUGCUCGUCUAGAUUAUCCAAUUUCGCUCAGGUGUUGCCCAGCUGAGGGCAUCUAGAAUUACACUAAAUUAUGGCCUUUCAAAUAUGCUAAAAUUUAUUAAUAUGUUAAUAAUUGUUUUUUGCUGUUCGCCCAUGCCAUGCCAAGAAGAAAGAAGGGGAGGUCCUUGAGCACGUAAGCUGCAUACUUUACGGCGUACGAACUCUUUCGCCAGGCAGAGCCGGCAAAUACCGAACUGGAAAUUUGAAAAAUGCCAAAAGAAUAUUAUAAGCGACUAAUUUAUAUGCACCAGGCACGCAAACUUACGUUUUGCACACACAUUGUUUGUGGCCCACGAAAAGGACGAAGGAACAAGUUAAACAAUGUAUGAAAAUAUGAAAAUUAUAUGACUGCCUGUAUGUGUCGGCCAUAACUUUAACAAAAUCUCUAACGGGGCGAGAAAACUGGGGUAAUAAAGUACAUGGUUAGAGCAUUGCCAUGAAUAAAUACAAAUAA